AUGUUCGGCAAGAUCGCGAGAUAUGUUCGCAAGAAACGAUCGCGAGUACGAGCGGAAGAACACCAUGUCGCGCUCCUCCCCGACAAGUCCGAAACGCAACUUAUCCAUCUGAAAACUCAAGAUAUCCAUCUGGACGCCGUUGUCGCGAACUCGGACCAAGAUCCUUCUCCUGUCGAUAAACAUUCUUUGCAAUGCCCAAGCAGCUCCGACCACCGCACCGAUGCGCCUGAGGACCACGGCGGCGCUGCUCUGGAAGUGGAUGCGUUGAUAUACGCACAAGAGGCUUCCGUUCCCAAGCAGGAAGCCUCCGAGACUGGCGACGACCCGAUCGUGGAUUCGCUCACGCUUGGGAGGAUGUGGAACUCCUUCGCCUCCAUCAACGCACUUCCCGACGAAGUGCUCGUCCACGUCUUUCUCUACACUCGUCUCAAGCGCCGCGCGUAUGACGAGGACAUAAGUCCUGCCGAUCCAACCCGAUACAUGGUGGUAUGUCGUCGCUGGCGCGACGUCAUCGUCGGUCACGCGUGUUUCUGGGGCACUAUCGUUGUUAAGGAACGCACAGAAUGGCUGCGACUCGCGCUGCCUCGCUCUAACCAGGCCAUGCUUUACUUGGAGUUCAACAAGCUUCCGACUCUCGCCUCUGUGCUUCCUGACGUGAUGCCCCACCGCGACCGAAUACGCAGUCUGGUUCUGGGCUACCACCCGUUCUAUACCGAAUUCAUGACGGUCUCCCCCUUGAUCGCGGCGCCCUUCAAAUCCCUCACCAGGCUGAAGAUUAGCGCUUCCACAUGGUAUCGUCCGGAUGUUGGCUAUUUUGUCCUUCUUCCGGAACACUACCCACAUUUAACGCACCUCGAGCUGAAAGGCCUUCACGUCAAAUGGACCGCAUCCCUCCUACGUCAGCUCACCAGUCUAUCCCUUUCCAGCGGCUCAAGUACACCCUUUCCCAUGCAUGCCGACGCAUUUCUCGAUGUGCUUCAGCACGGUCAGGACCUCAAGAGUCUCAUCCUCGAUGGCUUCAUAAGUGCCGCGUGCUCGGCCUUCCCUUCACAAUCUAGGCAUCCAUUCUCACUCCCUCGUUUGCAAGAAUUCAGCAUUACCGAUUCAGCACAGUGGGUCCAGCAGCUCGCGACUUUUGUGCGGGCACCCACACGUGGUCGGGUCCAAAUCUCCGGCAAGGUCGCCAUCGGCGACCUCGACGAUACCCCUAUCAGCCACCGAGGUCUUUUGCUACCGCCCGAGAGACAUUUCUUUCCGGCCAAUAUCACCACGCUCAGGGUCCAUAUUCUCUGCCCCUCCACAACGUUCAUACUGGAUUGCAGCGAGAAUCCCGUUUCCACGACCCUCGAGCUGAAUCUCCCCAAAGACGUCAUCCUUACCUCUAGCACGAUCCUCGCCUCCAUCAAGAGUGCACUCAAUCCUGGAUCAUUGCGUCACCUCUAUCUCUGUAUGCCCAUGCACAACGUCGACCGCGACGCCUUCGACGCAUAUCUCGACGCGUCCCCGCGCCUGCAGUCUUUGCGUUUGGUAUCCGCUGCCCCGUGGGGCAGUACCGGUCACCCACUUCCUCUAUGCAUCUUCGACUCGCUGGCAGCGCGAAGCCGUGCCCUCGAUAAAGACGAGUCCGACGUGGCCCGCGUGCGUUUGCGGUGUCCGGAGCUGAAGUCGCUCUAUCUGGGAGGGCUGGCCUGGGAUAGUGGGGCUCCCAUGGAUGCGGCGUUGGAUUGUCUUCGAAUUCGGGCAGCGUUUGACGUGCGGAAGCUGGAGGAUCUGAGUAUCUGUGUCUUGCCACGGCCGUCUGAGGGCGGGCCGAGGCGAUGGCGGACGGCCGACCGGCGGUACUCUGAACAGCUACAAAAGAUGGUAUCGCACAAAUUCUGGUUCUCAGUAAGCGAUGCUAAGUAG